UCCAGUUGUUACUGACUAGCAGACGAGUUUGUGUAUUGUGGAAAUAAUAGAUGAUCUACAUCUAGUCUUUAGAGGACCAAAAAAUAUCAGAAAUUAAGUGAAGUGGAAUUCAAUAGGCUUACACAUUACACACGGACACGAUACACGAACCGAACCGACCAUGGCUGCAGUAGGAGAACCAUUAUCUCUUGCUAGAGAUGUCAACAGAGCUGUAGAACUUUUGGAGAAGCUACAAAAGAGUGGUGAAGUGCCAGUGACCAAACUAGCAGCCCUCCAGAAGGUUCUACAAAGCGACUUUCUCAAUUCAGUCAGAGAAGUAUAUGAGCAUGUAUAUGAAACGGUGGAUGUACAGGGCUCCCAAGAUGUACGAGCGUCAGCCACCGCCAAAGCAACGGUUGCGGCGUUUGCUGCCAGCGAAGGUCAUGCUCACCCUCGUGUGGUAGAACUGCCCAAGACCGAGGAGGGGUUGGGCUUCAACGUGAUGGGAGGGAAGGAGCAAAACUCUCCUAUCUACAUCUCGCGUAUCAUCCCUGGUGGUGUGGCCGACAGACACGGGGGUCUCAAGAGGGGGGAUCAGCUGUUGUCUGUCAAUGGCGUGUCAGUGGAAGGUGAAAAUCACGAGAAGGCGGUGGAGUUACUCAAGCAGGCAGUGGGCUCUGUGAAACUCGUCGUCCGCUACACUCCCAAGGUGCUUGAGGAGAUGGAGAUGAGAUUCGAUAAGCAGAGAGCUGCACGCAGGAGACAACAGUAUUAGAGUGUGUCAAAUGAUUAGCAUUCAUGUAUUUGUGACUUUAUUUUACCUACCAAAAUAGUAGAAAACUCUUGUCUUUCCCCCAAAUAGUGUACAUAAAAUGCAAUUCAAAGUUCGCUGGUUUGAUCCUGAGGAAGGUUUGGUUGCUUUUUGAUGGUUUGUAACUGGACCCAGCUGUCCUUGAUCAUUGGGUUUAGCCAGUAACCAAGCUUUACAAGGCAUCUCACUUCAUUCUAAACUCAUUCACUCAUAUUUGGGUUAAAAGACACACCUUGGUGAUGUCCCCAUCUUAAUUGGUAAUAUAAAACAUCUGAAAUUAGAUCCAUACAACGAUAAAUUAUCAAUGAAAAAUUGAUUGAUGAUACGUGCUUUCUAAUCAAUUAUAUCGAUUAUUUAAGAUGGGGAUGCCACUAGUUGUGUAUUUUAACCCAAAAAUGAGUGAAUGACGCGUUUAGGAUGAGUGGCGCGAUCUUGUUGUCUUGUUACUUGUUAGUGACUAAAUGUGACACGUUUCUUAGACAAGCUGGUAAUUAAUAGUCCAUACAGUCAAUGGCAACUAAGGGACCUACAGUUUAUAGUGGAAUCCGAACCACGUAUCCAUUACGGUAAUAUUAAUCCUCGUAGCAAUUAAUUGGAUUAUUCAUAAUAUGUAUUUGUAGCAAGGUACCAAAUGUCUGUAAUUUUCAGUUAUGAAUUCAUAAGAAAAUUGUUGUCUAAAAGUUACAUAUUGAUCAGUUACUUUUAUCAGUUAAUUUGAAUUGUUUUUUUUAAAUUUAUUUAUGUAUUAUUUUGAAAAGAUACUUUCACAGAGUGAGUUUGUAAAACCAUUUUAACCGAAACCAUUUUAAUGCAAAAUACAUUAAUUUGCAAAUUUUCCCAGUUUUUUUUAAAUUUUGUUUUUAUUAUUGCCUACACUAAUUGGAUUUUGUUUUAAAGGGAUUGGUCUGUUUGUAAGGAGUUCUAAUAUUUUUAAUUAAAAUACAGAUUGGAAAGAACCAGCUUUAAAUAGAUCUUGUUGUGUCUUAAGAGAAACUAGAGAAGUUUUUGGUCCAAUAUGGAUCUUUGGUUUAACCCCAAUUAACAAUAGUUUAUCAAUCUAUGUAUUUAGGGUGUUCAUUCAUGAAUCUUCUAAUGUUAAUAUUUGUUUAUUUUACAGUGCGGUAUGUCACUUAAGGCCGGCCACACACAGAACCAGGCAAGGCUGGGCGCGACAGGGCAUUUUGCCCCGGGGCGUCUUGUGCGACGGGAAUUGCACAGGCUCUUAUGGAGCCCCACACACAGGACCGGGCGAGGCAGGGCACGUCAAAAAGACGCCCCAGGGCAAAAUGCGAAGCUCUCCAAAAUUAUGCCCCGAGGCAAGUCGAUGUCGGGCAGAACUUUCUGCGCAUGCGCGUUCAUGUGAUUUAUUCCCUUUCGGGCAAAUUUUGAUAAGGAUUAUUUUACAACUGAUAAAAUUUACAUAUAAGACUGUACAGUAACAAUUUAUACACACCCUUUGAUCUAUACAAGUCGUAGUGAAGUAGUGAUAUUACUACAGUGGUUGAAUAAAUAAUAAUUUAUCUUGGUAUUGAUAACUGAGGAAAUAGAAGGCCAACGUUCAUAUCUUAAGGGUUAAAAAAAAAAACUCUUCUGGAAGUAUGGCUGUUUGAAUUUUGUUUCCUAUUCUGCUCCCAAGUAUAAAGUCCAAUUUAAACGUUUGUUAAAUCGGCUUAAGGCUCAGAAAUAAAAAAUCCUAUGUUAAUUUUCAGGUUUAUGGGGGCUAAACUUUUUACUUGACGUGCCCCGCCUCAUUCUGUGUGUGACAGCAGCAAGACAGGGCUUAAGUCAGGCGUCUCGUCGCGCCCUGUUGCGCCCCGCCUUGCCUGGUUCUGUGUGUGGCCGGCCUAACUUGACCUUAGAGAGUUCUAUCCAAGCCUCCUAUUUUUAAUUUACUUAUAACCUCAUCUUGUCUUCUGUUUAUUUUUAAUCUGCUUUGUGUAAGCAAGUGAAAGUUUCUACAAUUUGUUAGUCUCUAUUUUGCAUGUUUCAUAUUUUUUAAAUAAAUUAAUUGUUAUUUUAUACAUUUUGUAGUUUAUAUUAUGACUGUUACUGAUUUUAACUAGUGUAUCUCCUAUGUGUUCAUAUUUAUUUUAGUGUUGUAAAUUUAAUAAAUUAUUGAAAUUAAAAAUUGUUGAUAAUG